AUGUUCCGCUUCAGCAAAACCCUCGACCCAAUCACCCUCUUCCACUCGCCCAAGCUGGCAGCUUCAACACGCACCCUCAACAUCCUUAAACAGGCCUCCGCAGCCGCCGGUGAAACCGCCACAGAAGACCAAGCAAGCGACCACUCCAGCCAUGCCAAGCAGCAGCGCGGCGAGUUCGAGCUCGAGAUUACCACUUCGCCCCCGACAACCGACCAGCUGCGCAGUAUCCUGGAUUACAUCUCCCCUGUCAGCGGUGUUGGUGGUCAGGGUGAGAAAGCUACGUAUGGUGUUGCCGAGUUGGUGAAGGGGGCUCGGGAUGCGGAAGAUGCGCUUAAGAAGUUUAAGGAGGACAAUGAGGCUUUUGCUCGGCCUGUGACUGUUGACUGGGUCAAUGGCCGUGCUGUCAUUGGCGAUGGCGAAUCUGACAUUCUGCGUAUGGUUCGCCAGCUUCCUGCAAACUAA